UCGAAGGCUGACGAUCCUGGGUUUUCUUUCAGGCGUCUUCUGCGCCGUCGUAUGAUGGGAAAUGAUCAUACACUACCUGUUGCUCAGCUGAGUGAAGAGGAAAGAGGAAUGUAUGAACGUGAGAGAAAUUAUCUUCCGUCGCUGCAUGUUGCUUCUUUUCUGGGCGACGAAGCGAAGAUUCGUGGAGACAGACGAUUGCAAACUCGAGACGUAAACAAGAGGAGCAGAAUGGGAAGGACUGCUCUUCAAUACGCUUGUAUCAGAGGGCAUGAAAACAUUGUAAAGUUGAUGCUUCAAAGGAACGCUACUGUCAACAAUCGAGAUGUUGAUGGUCAAACUCCUCUUUCAGAAUGUAUAAACCGAGGCUUUUAUGGAUGUCAAAAGCUACUGGUUGAAAGUGCAGCUGUCGUUAACCUACAUGACAAUGAACAACGGACACCGUUACAUUUGGCGUGCAGAAGAGGUGAUUUACAAACUGUCAAUCUUUUGCUGGAUAAUGGAGCUAAAAUGGAUGUUCAAGAUGCUAAUGGUCUAACUCCUCUAGCAUUGGCAAGGGCAGGAGGUUACAACGAUGUAUGCUCUCGUCUAGAAAGAAAUGCAGCCGGAGAAGACGUUCCUGAUGCAGCAGAGCUACCACCUGCAGCAAUUGCUGGCAUUGGUACAGAUGGUGACUAUCUUCGGACAAUUGCUGAGCAAUCCCAAAGACGUCAGCACGAAGCAGCCAAAAGACUAGAUCAGAAACGACGGGAACUUGAUCAUAAGAAACAUGAAAUUCAGAAGGAAAUUAGACAACUUCAGCAGCGUGCAGAGAUAGAAGAAAGGCAUGUUCAGGAUGCCAAAGCAGCAACAGAGAUGAAACGAGGAGAGCUUACUCGAGAGGUUGAACUGAUGGGUCGAAACUUGGGACUGGAAGAAGAGCUAGAGGCCAAAACUCGUCAACAUGAGCUGCAUCUUGAGAGUGAAUUGAGGGCACAGGCAUUAAGGUUUUCUGAUGAAAUGCAACGACAGCGUGAAGUAGAAGAAGAAAAUCGACUUCAAUGGCAAGGGAAAGUGAAGGAAGAUUUGAUGCAAGAAGUAACGGAAAUGGAAAAGCACAGAGCAGCAAUGGAAGAAAGACUAAGUCAAGAUCUGGACAAUUUGGAAACUAGGAAAAAAGAGCUCAUUAGGGAACAGAAGCUGUGGCGAGAAGAGGUGGAGGAAGAGAGAAAACGAGACAGAGCAAACUGGGAGCAAGAGAAACAACAGCAGAUAAAGCAGAUGGAGAAGAGAAGUCGAAGAUUAGAUGAGAAGCAUCAAGAGUUGGAAGGAAAGUAUCAACAAAAGGUGGAGCAGUUGCAAGAGCAGUUGAGAGUAAAGGUAGAGGAGCUACAUGACAGGGAGAAUGUGAUUCGGACUGAGCUAGAAAUGAAGUUCUCUGAGCAGCAGAAAGGCUUGGAUGAGGACAAAGAUUGCCUUAGGCGCAGGAGUGAACAACUUGAACAACAGUUUAGUCAAAAGCUAUCAGAAAAGGAGGCUGAAAUGAGGCAACUUAUUGAUGAUGAAUGGGCAAGAGUUCGAGCACUGGAAGACAAACUGGAGAAGAGAAGAUUUGAGGAUGAUGAGAGAUUGAAACAGCGACAAGUUGAAUUGGAUAAGAUAAGAGAAACUAUGCAGCAAAAAUUAGACAGUGAAAGGGAUGCACUUGUCACUAAAAUGAGGAACGAACAUGAAGCAUGGGUGGCUCGAGAAAAGCAGCUGGUCACAGCAUUAGAGAAAUCUCAUUAUGAACAGACUGCAACCAAAGAGCGACUAGCACAGGUUCAGCUGCAGUUGGAAAAUGAGAGUCGACAGAGAGGCCAAACUGAAGAGAGAGCUCAUCAGGAGAUUACCUUGUUGAAAUCAAAAUAUGACUCAUUGGUUGAAGAGAGAGACAAGGAACGUUUGAAACUACAAGAUACUCUAACAGAAAAGGAUGAAAAGUAUGCCAGUCGAGAGCGUGCAUGGUUGGCAGAACAGCAACGGAAAGCAGAUGAUAUGAAGAAACGUGAGGCAGAAAUUCUUCGGCGGAGGCAAGAACUAGAAAGCGAAAGACACAAGCUAGAACAUAGCUACUAUGAUAACUGGAUGAAGCGUCGUCUUGCAGCUGAAGAGCAGCAUUUGGAGUUGGGCACACCAGUGCCUGCAACAUACAUGCCAGAAAGGGGACCAUUUCUUGAUUUACCAAAACCAGUAGAACAAAUAGCACGGUAUUCAGUGGUUCAUCAUCAGCCAAUGUCUAAGCAAGAAGAAAUAGAUACGAAUGAGAUAGACAAGUCACUUGGGGAAGACCUGCGGAAGAGUUUGGAGACAAUGCUAGUUGAUCAUAUGGCAGCUGUUGGACAGUGGAAGGCUGAGGUGACAAGUCAGUUAGAGAAGACACAACAUGAUAGUCAACGGCGAGAUGAGCUACAAAGACUAGAAAGAAGCUGGGGAGACUUUGAACAUCGUGUCACAAGUAUGAUCGGUGACAUGAGACGAGACCAAGAGCAACAAAACCAAGUUGGAGCACAGAAUGCACUUGCCGAAGCUGCAAUGCAAAGUGAGGCAGUGAAAGCUAACAUGUUGGCUCUUCAAGAGAAAGUGAUUCAACUUGAUCAUCAGCUGUCAUCAGAACAAAGCCGUGUGGCAGGGCUUGUGGGUCAGCUAAGUAACCAGGCUAAGCAUGUUGAUGAGCUACAUGUUACACGAGAUUUGCAACGAAUUGAAGAGUCACUGGAACGAGUGCUAGAGCAGAGUCAACUUGUUCACGGGGAGAUAGAGAGACAAAAUCAGAUGAUUGAGCAGCAGAGGGAGGAGAAUUUGCAACUACAACAAGACAUGCUUUCAUCCGCGAUUCUGGAACAAUCACCGGAAGAACAAACAAUAGACCCCAAACAUGAAGCAAUAACAGAGAGACUACCAAGGACAAGCACUCCUACAAAACAAAUAUCUGAUGAAGUUGAUGAAAGAGGCUCACAUUUGCUGAUUGAAAGACAUUCAGACAGGGUGUUGGCAGGUGGGAAUUCUAGUGGUAAAUCAGAAAAGACAUCCAGACAUACUUUGAAGAAAUGUCAAGAUAAUUCCCAGCUAUUGAAAACAAACAGCAGUGGUGAAGGACGUCAGCUGAAGCUGUUAACAGCACAAGGAAGAAAACAAAUGGCAGACUCAGCUCACAGAAUUUCAGGCAGUUCGAAAAGAAGUGUUGAUGAUAGUUUAGAAGGAGUAUUUGUUGAUUCACAAGAGGGCAAGCUGGGAAACAAAUCUGCAUGCCGUCAAGCUGUUAAGCAAGCACCUGUUGACAUUAGGCAAACAGUCAAUAUUCAACAGAGAGAUGAGGAAGAUGAGUUGUUGCGGAAUGACAGUGACUCAGAUGUUGAACUGAAGGACUUACAAGCAAGCAGCAUUGCUAGCCCUGAACCCUUUGAACAAGGACACGGAACCUCUGACUGGCAUUCCAUUACUGCAGCUGCCAGUGCAACAAAGCAUCAACGUCCUCUUUCAACGUCGCCGCCUCGUUCUACACUUAUUGGUAAAUUGUACUUGGGUAGGUCAGCUAAACAGACGAGACCCUUUUCGGUUAAUUCUUACUAUCGAGUUGACUCUGAGCCACGGUCUGCUACAGCACCACCAUAUCAAACUCAGAGUAGCUGGCAACCACGUCAAUCGCUUCAAGAUCACAAGUACUCUAGACAGAAGUCUGGUCAGUCUGUUGAAGACAGUCUUCUGAUCCAGAGAUAUGAGAUUCAAAAGCUAAAGUCCAAACUUUCGGAGAAAACAGAAGAAAAGAAUGCGUCAGAUAGAAUACUGAUGUCAACUAGAGAUCAGCUGGGAGCUGCACGUGGAAGACUAUUGAGGGAGCAAAUGGCUCACUCCUUUUCAAUUCGUGAUCGUGAUCACUUGCACAGCACUGUGCAAGAACUGAGUCACACAACCGACAAAUCUGCAACUGAAAUUGCUAAUCUACAGCAGCUUCUCGACAGUUCCCAGCCAGUGUGACAUAUGAUACUCCAGAGAUGGUCUCUGCAUCAUCUUAUUGCAAUAACAGAGUUUAUUGUAAGGUGAGAAGUAAUAGCACUGUCGUGAAGACACUCGGACAGAGCAAGAGAUGUUUAGAUUGAAACUAGAGGUACCAUGCAUCUUCUGUAUAAAUAGUAACACGUACAUAACCUCAUGGUCUUUCAAUGUGUAUGUUCCCAGGCAGGCAGGUUUAACUUUAGUGUUUAGAGAUCGGGAUUUAGUUACAUGUCUAUCUAAAGCAAACUCCUGAGUUAUACCCUGAUGUGAAUAUGGUGUAUUUACGCUAUGUUUGUUCAUAUCUGACUGCUCAAACUUCCAGUAAGGUAAGAGCAAAACACUAUUGUUUGGUGUGAAGAGACGUGACGCAAGGUCUGGCAC